AUGGGAUUAGAUCAUGGUCAUUUAGUACCACAGUAUUUACUAUAUAUUAGUGUUACUAGUAGAAUAUGGGCACUAUGUAAAUCUCAAUAUUUACACUGUAUCAAUUGGUAUAGAAGAUUGUUUCCUUUACAGAACAUUCUACAGGCAACACAAGUUGAGUGGUAUUUUAAAGACACAUCCAUUGAUAAAGAUAAUGCUAUGAAAAUUGAUCAUGAUAAUGAUAAUGGCAAUGAAAAUGCUUUGAAGAUUGAUGCUGAUGAUGAUAAUGCUAUGAAGUUUGAUGAUAAUAAUGAUGAUAAUCUAUCAGUAGCAACAAGUAACCAGGAAAAUGAACUAGAAGAAGAGAUGGAGUAUAAAUGUUUUGAAGAAGACCUUGGAGCCCCAGUAUUGAGAGAGCCUAUCAAAGCACCAAGACAAACCAAAACUACAGCCAAGCCAACCAGGACAUGUGAUAGUUUUAAAGACCUUAUUGAUGUAAUGAACACAUAUACCGAAUUCUUAACUCAAGAGCACAAGAAAUGCUUAGAGACUUUGAAACUGUUCCAAAACAAAUAUCGUGUUGCUAAGAAAACUGGUAACAGUGCUGAAUUAAAGGCAAAACUAUUUCCAAAAGCUGUAAAGAAGGUGAACUUGUUUCUAAAAUCGUACAAAUCUGAAGCUUCCAAACAUGACAAACAUCUGCAGGUGCCUAAAAUGGUAUGGGAACCAAAGCCAAAAAAGAAAAAAGUUGAACCAACAAUUGGGAGAUCAUCUGACUCCAAAGAAAGAAAACCUCAAAAAGAUGAGAAAAAGGAAGGGAAGGCUGAAGCAUCAGAAGCCAUCAACACAAAUGGAAGUUUCAAAACAGGAGACUAUCUUCAGAUGGUUGAAAAUUGUCAAAAUAUUGCAGAGUUGAUCGAAGUUGUCCAAUCAUGUGAUAAGCAUACAUAUCCAAAUUUCAGUGAGACUUGUAUACAAUCAUUACAAAAUUUUCACCAAACUUUUUCCAGUCAAAAAUUGAAAGCAAGACAAAAAACUUUAGUCAAAGCUAAAACAAAAGUAGUUAAUUUUAUUCAAAAUUAUGAAAAAGACCCAAAAACUAAGAAUGGAAACAUUCUGGAAUUUGAAAAUGGUGUUUUUGAAAGUGCCAGUAACUUUGAAAUGAAAAGUGUGGAAGAUUUAGUGAAAGUUUUGGAAGAAGUACGACACAAGAAAGAAAUAGAAAUGAAUAACAAUCUUAGUAUUCCAUUAGAUAAAACAAAACGCAAGCUCGUUCUCAAGAAAUUAAAAUGUUGUCAUCAAAAACUGGACAGUAGUGAACUUAAACCUAAACAGAGGCAAAGGUUAUUGUUAAAAACAUCCAAUAUUGUGAUGAAUAUUUUGAAAAAAUAA